UUGAAACGCUCAAACAGGGCAGACAGACAGACAGAGAGACGGCCAGUGGGGCGGUCCAUGUGACUGAGGAGCUUUGGGCAAACCACUGCACCACACACUCCAAACAAGAACUGUUGUCUUUUUGAGGGGGGGGGGGAAAGGGCAGAAUCAUUGUGGAUCAUUUCCAGGGGGAAUAUCCUGAACCACAACUUGUUUGUUUUUCUCUUUCUUUCUCGUUUCCAAGCUACUCUCAGAUCUCGAUGCUUUGCUCUGGAAUUUGGGCUCCAAAUCCAUCAGAUUCCUCUCUUGAUCUUGCUUUUUGUCAUCUGAAACAUUUUGAGCAACAUUUUUUUUCCAGAACGUUGCAAUCCAAAAAGCCGAGACAGACGUUUGCUCACCUCCACUUGGACUAAAAGCUGAUUCCGAGCCCUGUUCUGGAAUGAAUUCAGCUAAGCCCAGUUUGUCCAGAGAGACCCUUUUGCAUGCCGGCCGGAUGGCUCUCGGGGGCCACUGGGUGUCGGGAACCCCGAGCCCUGCUUCGGACUCCGAACCGGGUUUCGAGCAGAACAUCUCCGGCGACUGCAGUUCUCCCGAUGACCUCAGAAGUGGGAACACGAUGAGAGCAGAUCGGAGGCUUUGUCUGACACCGAGUCCGGGGGGGCAGAGUCCCGACCUGACCCACGCAGCAGGGGGUGUUUUGCCAGGCACAGCUGAUGGGAAGGCUGUGGGGGGAGAGCAGAGGAUCCGCAGGCCUAUGAACGCCUUCAUGGUCUGGGCCAAAGAUGAGAGGAAACGACUGGCCGUGCAGAACCCUGACCUACACAACGCCGUGCUCAGCAAGAUGCUAGGCCAGUCAUGGAAGGCCCUGAGUGCGACCGAUAAGCGACCAUUUGUGGAGGAAGCGGAACGUCUCCGUGUCCAGCACCUCCAAGAUCACCCAAACUACAAGUACAGGCCUCGGCGUAAAAAGACCACCAAAAAACUCAAGCGGGUUGAGCCGGGGCUUCUGCUGCAUAGUUUAGCCCAGGGAGGGGCACCGGGGCUCGGUUUAGGACCUGGUAUCAGCCCCUUGGGUGCAGAAAGUGUCCAUGGAGGUUCUGCUUAUGGACAUCAUCAUCACUCACACCACCUGCUGCAUCCUCUGGGCCACUUCAGGGACUUCCAGGCCCAAGGACACUCAGACCUGGAGAGCUAUGGCCUGCCUACUCCGGAGAUGUCCCCUCUGGAUAUUCUGGAGGACAGAGCUGGGGAAUCUGUGUUUUUCCCCCAACACAUGCAAGAGGAGGCAGCGAUGGGAGGUUGGAGCGGUUACCAUCAUCACCUUCACCACCAUAACCAACAUUACAGCCACAAUUACAAUAACCACAGUCAUACCUCCAUAAAUGGUAAAGAAACACACGGCCUGGGUUCAGGAAUAAGUGGUGGUUCCAGUUUAGGCACCUGUUUGAGUCCAAGUAGAGAUUCCAGAGUUGAUAUUAGGAUGAAUUCUUUAGAGUCCAAUAUGACCUUGAGCAUGAGUUCUAGGUUGAGUCACACCUCUAGUCAGCACAUUGCCUUGAGGAGCCCUGCCAAGUGCCCCCCACCUCCACCCGACUCCUCCUCCCCCGUUCCCUACUCUCAGCCCGGCAUGAGUCUCCCCGAGCUGGUCAAAUCACACCAAAUGCCACAUCAACCCGUCGCUCCCGCCGGCUACUUUGGCCAAAUGUACGGGAACAGCGCCCCAAAUGCGGCGUAUUACAUGCCAUCACAUCUGGGGCAGCUUUCACCUCCUCCCGAAACGUCACCUUCUUCCUGCCCGUCCUCCUCCGUCCCCCACUUGCCCCCUCUGCAUCUGGAGCCUCCAAAUCCCGAGCCCUCGUGCAAUUUGGUGUCUUCUUCUGCUGAGUUUUGGUCGGAGGUGGACAGGCAUGAAUUUGACCAGUACGUAAAUGUCGGAAGGGAUCGAGAGGAGGCCUACGGAGGGGGUGGCGGUGGGUCCAAAGUCCUGAAUGGGCACAGUAGCAGUGAUGGAGGGGGCAACAUGAGUAGCGGUUUAAUUCACAGCGGGGCCGGUGGGUGUGAGGAAGAGAGCAGCCCUCUUAUAUCUGCUCUUUCUGAUGCAAGCAGCGCUGUGUAUUACAGCGCCUGUAUCACUGGAUAAAUAUUCCAUCUCAUAAAUCACACUUCUGGUCUGGUUCAUUGAAACCAGGGAUUCUUUUUGAAGAUUAGUGUAGUCCUAUUUUUAGUAUUUUGCCUUGCGUAUCACCUUAUCGGUUCCAUGUUUAGUUUGUUCCAUGUGCAGAACAGACAGAUGAGUGUUUUUAUUUUUUACCGACUCUUCCCGGAGCCAAAGCUGGGAAGAGUGAAUAAAAGUAUUUUUAAAUGUGCUCACGAAAAGAAGAGAAAAGUACAAUAUCCUUAUUUUUAAAUGAAUGCAUUCCUGAACAUGGUAUUGACCAAUUGACUGGCAGCUUUACUUGAUAGCUACAGGCCAGCGGGGCUGGAUCAGCAUGGUCAUUUAUGACCCAUAGGAUUGUUUGCAGGAGGGGAAUGCACAAAUGCUCGUGGCAUAUUUAAGGCAGAUGCUCCAGCAGAAGGUUGUGGCUUUUGCUGAACAAUUGCAUAAACCCCCCCCGCUGUCAGUCAUUUAGCUUCCAAUGCAUUUACGACAAAUUACUACAAGCGCGGUGCUUUUCAUCAAAACUGAUGCCUGUUGAUCCAAAUGAAUGGCGUCGAAAACAACUGUGUUGAGCAAGUGCAUUGUCCUGUUCAGAGGUUAUAUUUCCACUUUAGUAACUCAAGAUGCUUCUUAGGAAGAAAAAUACUGUAAAUGUGACGGCUGUAACGCACCUUAAAAUAGGAUUGUAAUUUUAGUUACUGGCUAAAAGUACUGUAUGCCGACUAAAGAUAUGGAGAAAUCCACAACUACAAAUACAAUGUCAUCUCAUUUUUUACAUUUCAUCUCACGAUCAGACUAAUACGCUCCUCUCAACUCAGAGUUUAAGUCAAUCACUUUGUUCGUUUGAAGAGGACUCGAAGGAGAAACUCUGUAGACAGACAGGAGAGAACGACUGGAUGGGAGAGGCUCGAUCCGGCCUAAAACAAAUCUCUGUGUUGUCGGGGAAAGCCACAGACCCCGAUGUAGACCGCUGAUGUCUCCCACAAACUAUCCGGGUGUUUUACAAGCCGAGGCGGACCGGGAUGCAUUCUUUUGCCUCUCUGUCUCAGGCUCUGACGGGCCGCACGUCAACCUGCCAGGCCCAAAUCUGGAUUGUUUUAUGUCGCUUUGCUUACUGGCAAACAUACAUAUGUUGAUGAUUUGAAUGUUAUUGUGUUUAACCAGUAAGCCUCGGUGGUAUAGCAUGUUUAUGAUUAUAACAUGACAUUUGAUUGGAAUAUAGGAAACAUUUUUCCUCCGCACAAGCAUAUAACUUUUUUGAACAAAAAGGGUUUUUUUAAAGAGUAAAACAAGUAAGGUAGUUCGACAAAUAACAGAAGAUUGGGUUUUACAAGUUAAAUGUCAUUGGAACACUUUUUAUUUGGAAAAUGAUCAAAGCUAGACGUUAAAAUCCAUCGUUUCUGGUCUGGAUAUUUGUUCCAUCAAACAAAGCAACAUAAAUAAUGACGAUCUGUUAAUUAUACAUUUUUCAAUUCUUAGUGUCAUUUAAACGCUCAUGGAUAACGGUUCAUGUGUUGAGUCUUUAUUUGAUUUUUUGAAAUAUUGUUUUGAUGUAGCCUUUUAAUGUGUAUAUAUAUAUAUAGAGAUCAUAUAUGUUUUUUGACAUUAUGUGAAGGAGGAGUUGAGACUAUGAAAUGUUCGCUUUGCACUGGGUUUAAUUUUAUUGCUUUAUAGAAGCAACACUACUCUUUCAAAAUGAUGGACAUUUGAUGUUUUUAUAUUUGUUGUACAGAAAUGACUGAUGUUUUGUAGAUUUUGUUUUUCACAUUAAUUUCUUUAAAGGAAUAGCUCAACAUUUUAGGAAAUGAUUUGCUCUCUUGCUCAUGGUUUAAUGAGAAGAUCAAAAGCACUGUAGCUGGGGGAUAAUUAGCUUAAAAUAAAGACAUGAACCAGCUUUAUUUUCUUCCAUAUUAAAAAGAUUUUGCACCAGGACCUCUAAUAUGUAGUCACUGACAUUUAUCGUAUUGUUUAAUUUGUGCAAAAAUAGUUGCACCAUGUUAUUCCCUGUAGAACCAAAACUUGUUUGUUAUUUUUUUUGCAGUUUGUGUGCUAAUUAACUUUAAAGGUGUUAAUUAAACUGUUUGACUCAUCCAGGCUGGUGGCCUUUUGGCUAAAUGAAUGAGCGCUGAACGAUAUUCAUCAUUUCAUAUUCUGCAAGAAAAAUGUUGAACUAUUCAUUUAAGAAUAAUUUAAUUUAAAAACAUUAUAAGAGUGAGUUUCCAAUUGCCUUCCAAACGUUGUUUAUUUUGUGUGUGUGUAAACUUGCCUGUAAAGAUAUCUUGUUGAUAUACACAGUUUACACUUUGCUCCGCCAGUGACAAACCGCAGACCACGGAUGCUUCCUCCCACACUAAUGUUAUUUGCGUUAUGACUGAAAAAUGAAAAGGAGAAUUUGUGCUUUUGUUUCGGUUGGGAACAUAAAUGAACAGCUAUAGCCACUAUAGGUAUCUCUGUGGGUGUUCGUUCUGCAUACAUCCUGUAAUAUCUGUGUACAUGUGGAGAGUAAAGAACAGGCGUCUCUCUCCAAGGAUUUAUCCUUCAUCUGUUCUGCAUUAGUCCCAAAGAUUAUACUUUUCUUUGUACAUGAAACAGUAGAACACAAUCUUUUAUUUUUGUACAGUGAAACCAGUUACAUUUACCGCACUGUUCCUUGUGGCCGCCAUCGGUUGAAAAACAGAGCCAUGGUAGAUUUUUGAGUUCCUCUAGAGGAUGGAGCCGCAGAGAAGCAGCAGUUCAAACUACAUACUUCUACAUCGGCAUUUGGAAUUAUUUCCUAUUGACACCAACAGAGUCUUGUUUCCAUUUGAAUUGACUUUGAAACGUACUGUGUUUUGAUACACAGUUACCCUGGGUCUUUUAGUAAUAAUUAUCUGAGGCAAUAAAAUAAACACCCAAGAUGUUGGGAUUAAAACAAAGGUCAUUUUAUACAAAGGAUAUUUAAACCAGGACUUUCCAAGUGAGUGUGAUGCUUCUAAAUCUAUCUGAUAGGGAUGAUAUUGAAAUUCUCUGUAUAAAAUGGUUUUGUUUGUGUCUUAAAAUUCUGUUUAAUAAA